GGGAUCAAACCCGCCUCCUCACAAGACACCAUGUCGGGUUCUUAACCCCCUAAGGCAGUGAGUUCCCAGCUAUGGGAACUCCAAACGUUGUUCUUUGUGUUUCACUUACAUUACCUGAUUUAAUCCUCACAGCAGUCCUGGGAAGUAGGUUCUGCACAGAUGAAGCAGAGGCACAGAGGCCUUAAUUUAAGGUCAUACCACCCAUAAGUGGUAGAACCAGGCUUUGGACUCUGGCAUCAAUAUUCCUACCCUGCUGCAUUAUACUUCCUUAAUACUUACUGACAUCAUCUUAAAAAGAGCUUGUCUGUUUUGGAAAGUCUCAGUUUGGGACGGAGGUUAAUGAUUGAGACUAUCUUAAAUAUUUUUUAAAAGGAUAAUUGAAUCCAAAACUUUAUUUUUUCUUGAACACAUGGUACUAAGUACAUUUUAAAGUAUUAAUAAUAGGGGUUCUCCCUCGUUGAUUCAGAUUUUCUUCUGUAUUUUGAAGGUUUUGUAUUUUGAUUGCUUACAUGCUGAUUAAGAACAUUGCUUUUAAAGUACUAUCAGAGUUCCCGUCUGGCUCAGUGGUUACCAACCAAACUAGUUUCCACGAGGACGAGAGUUCUAUCCCUGGCCUCGCUCAGUGGGUUAAGUAUCCAGCGUUGCUGUGGCUGUGGUGUAGGCCGGUGGCUAUAGCUCCCUCUGGACCUCUAGCCUGGGAACCUCCUUAUGCAGCAGCAGCCCUAAAAAGACAAAAACAAACAAGAAAAAGUACUGUUAAGUACUUAUUAACUUGAAUCCUCAGGGAAAAAAAGAUGAAACUUGGAAGUUUGAAAAUUAGUACUCACUUUGCUCAAUCACUAAUAAUAUCUCUUUUUUUCCAAAAGUAUAUUGUAGACAUGUAAUUUGAUUUAGUGUUUGCUCUAGUUGCAGUGCUCUGUACUAUCCAGUUGAGGGCAGCUAUUUACCAAUUUUAAAAAAUGAGUUGAAUUAGAAUGUCAUCACUUUGUGUUUGCCAAACCUUGCUAUCCAGUGUAAAACACAACAUCUGAUAUACAAAACUGCUGUAAUUUUCAUUUGUUAUUACUGCAAAUAACUUCCUGAAGAUGAAAAACUAGUUUUACUUCAUAAUAAUUUCUGCCCUCUUAAAUGAACACUGUUUAUUUUAAAUUUUCCCAGUCCAAAUUCCUUUCAAUUCCAAACCACCCCCCCUUAGGAUCAGUCUCCAAGAUUAGAGAGGUUGCUCUCUUUCUUUUCUUCAAACUCUCUGCAUGUAAAUGCAUGUGGUUAUAAAGUUCUUUGAGGGCCUUUAAAUAUAAAAGUAAAAAAUUAUAAUUUUCACUAGGGUUAUCUUCGUUAAUGAGUGGAUUGUGUGAAAGGAGAAUUUAGAGUUGAUCUGUUUGGUUCAUUUUUCUCUGCAGAAUGAAUACGUUAAACGUGUGACAUAUGGUACAUUCUUCUAAUUUUUCUGUAUUGAAAUACACGAAGUUCAAAUUAUAUUUUCUCUGUGGUUCAGAGAAAUUAAUUUUGAGGGGUUAUUUAACUAACUGAUUUCAAAGAUAUGACUGAGACAGAUUUUUUUUUUUGAGACUAAAGAAUGUCAGUCUAUAUAAAACUGUAGGUAAUAUUAACAGAGUAGACACUGACAGUCACUUGGAGGGGGCAUUCCACAGGAGCUGCUUCAACAAAGGGAAUUUUCUAAUAAGGAGAAAAAGACACACUGUGACGGAGGUUAUGUUGUUUUAGAAAAAAGGAUUAGACUUGUGUUAAGGGAUAAAGUGAGCAUCAGAGGAGAUGCCGAGACUAGAGUAAGGCAGGAGACAUUGAUUCUGCAAGGCGGUAAGCUCUCUCAUGGGGCUUUCGACGUGCUUAUCUGAGAUACCUGUCUCUCCUUUUUCUACCUUAUCACCUUACAGAUUUCCAGUACCCUCUCUCCUAUUCCUAGAUCUCUGUUGGGUUUUUUCAGCGAUUAUAUUCUUACUCAUUUACUUUUCUAUUAAAACAAUUUUAAAAUUGUGAUUCAGUACCCAUUUCCCAUUUUAACCAUGUUUAAGUGGCAUUAAAUACAUUCACAAUGUUGUGCAACCAUUCCCACUGUCCAUCUCCCGAACUAACUUUUAUCUUUUCCAACAGAAAUUCUGUACCCCUUAAACACUAACUCCUCAUUGCUUUCUCCCCCACACCCCUGGCAACCACCUUUCUGCUUUCUAUCUAUAAAUUUAACUACUCUAGGGACCCCAUCUAAAUGGAAUCAUAUAAUAGUUAUCCUUUUUUGACUGACCUAUUUCAUUUAGUAUUGUGUCUUCAAAUUCAUCCAUGUUGUAUCACAAUUUUCUUCCUUUUUAGGCUGAUGAUUAUUCCCUUGUAUGUGACUGUACCACAUUUUUUUACCCAUCCAUCCAUCAGUGGCUACUUAGGUGUUUCCACCUCUUGGCUGUUGUGAACAUGCGGCUGUGAACACGGUUGUUCAGAUAUCUGUGUGAGCCCUGCUUUUAGUUCUUUGGGGUGUGUACCCAGAAGUGGAAUUGAGGGUCACGGAGUAACUUUUUGAGGGAUCUCCAAAUUUUCCACAGUAGCUGCAUGCAUUUUACAUUCCCACCAGCAGUGCACAAGGGUUCCAGUUUCUCCACAUCCUUGCCAACACUUGUUUUUCUGUGGACGUUUAAAGAAAACCUAUAUUAAUGGGUGUACAGAAUGGUUCUGUUCUUGAUCUGCAUUGUCUAAUGACUAGUGAUAAUGACCAUCUUUAUGUGGGCUUAUUGCUCAUUUAUAUAUCUUCUUUGGAGGAAUUUAGUUGUUUAUUUUCUUGACCUAAAAAUGUCACUUUUGCUAAUGAUUUUGCAUUUUUAAUUACAUUUUAAGUUGUGAUGUCAGAGAAAGAUGUACUUUAAAGAAAGUAGCAACAUGGCAGGACUAGGGGUGUUUGUUGUGUGUGGAUUCUAGCAGCCCACUUUGUAUUUAAUAAGACAGAUUUCCAAAGUCAAAGAAAUCACCCAUUUCUGACAGUCUCCUUUCUACUUCUCUCCAUCUCAUUCUAAAUUCCCACUUAUAAAAAUCCAUAAAAGCAGUUGAAAGGAGAGAUAAAUGAGAUGACUGGCUACUGGAAGAAGAAAAUAGAAUGGAAGGAAAGUAGCUGAACAUUGUGAAUGGAUAAUUCACACCUAUUAAAACUACUGGCUAUUAAUUCUCACACUAGGCUUUUUUUUUUUUUUAAUCAUCUCCAUAAUGGCCUAGUUCAUGGGUUUGAAUGUGAAAUGUAGCAUAAAGAUUAAUUAACUCUGGCAUAAGUAGUUAAUUUAGGGAGUUUGAGAUAAUGCUGUAAAGAUAUGUUUGGGGCCACUCUGAGGAGUCUGCAUCUCCAACCUUUAUCUGAAGUACUGGGGACCCACUGAAAGUCCUUGAGUAGACACAUUCCCACUGUGUGUCAUAGCAAGACAUAAAUAACUGUGGUAUAUUAGAGAAAGUAGGCCCUAAGGAUCUGUGAUGAGCUGGUUAGUUAUUACUCAUUUUACUACAAUUCCUUCCCAUCACAGGUUACAUUCAUAAAUACUUGGGUUUUUAAAUAUAUUUAAUCAGCCACAUGACUGUUAUACUUUCAAGUGGAAUCACUAAGUGUUUCAGAAUUAUAGAGAUUGAACUGAAAUUUGCAAACAACUAAAAUGUCUCCUGAUAAGAUUAAUCUGAAGUGUGUAUUAAUAGCUAUAGAGAGUUAGAGUCGAUUUAGUGGGACUGUGAGAUAAAGAAUGGUACUUAUACGAAAAAAAAAAAAAGAAUGAUACUUAUGGAAGAGGAAAAGAGAGCAUGUUUAAGACAAAUUCUUGAAGAUAUAGUGCUCAUUCUGAAUGUCUCUAAGAGCAAAUACAUGUCUCUAUUUUCUGAGCAUGAAUAACCAUUGUCCAUAAAUUUGAAGCACAAUUCAAAACAUUCUUAAAAUAUUAAUGCUGAUAUUGGGUGAGGAAGCCUUUUUAAUAAGAUAUGUUAGAGAAAAAUACAAGGCUAGCUUUUGGAUUUUUGUAAAUGCUUUCACUUUCUAGGGAAUUACCUAGGUUAGGCCCUGGAGAAGUUUUCCAAGGGACCCUACAGCACAGCCCUGCUUUGGUUGUGUUCACAUUACUGACUCUGUAUGGGAGGUUCACCAGCUGUUUGACUGGCAGGAGCAGGAGCUUUCACUUCAGUAGUUUAUAAUUCCUGGCUAUUCUAGGAUAGUUUGCACUUCAGCAAGCCUCAGACAGGUCAGGACAUUUGGUAGGAGAAGGUUGAAAGACAAAAGCAGCAGGCCUUGGGUUCUCAGCCUUUUAUUUUUUUUUAAUUAGAAAGUUAUAUUUUAAUUUGCUGGCUAGGGUUUUUAGUAAUGUGCCUGUAUUACAUGUAAAGAGUGUUCAUCGGCCCAGAGGAGUUUUAAAAUGUCAAAACCUGGAAAAGCUACUCUAAACCAUGGCUUGGUUCCUGUUGAUCUGAAAAAUGUGAAAGAGCCUCUUCCGCAUCAAACUGUGAUGAAGAUAUUUAGCAUUAGCAUCAUUGCCCAAGGCCUCCCCUUUUGUCGAAGACGGAUGAAAAGAAAGUUGGACCAUGGUUCUGAGGUCCGCUCUUUUUCUUUGGGAAAGAAACCAUGCAAAGUCUCAGAAUAUACAAGUACCACUGGACUCGUACCAUGUUCAGCAACACCAACAACUUUUGGAGACCUGAGAGCAGCCAAUGGCCAAGGGCAGCAGCGACGCCGAAUCACAUCUGUCCAACCACCUACGGGCCUCCAGGAAUGGCUGAAGAUGUUUCAGAGCUGGAGUGGACCAGAGAAAUUGCUUGCUUUAGAUGAACUUAUCGAUAGUUGUGAACCAACCCAAGUGAAACAUAUGAUGCAAGUGAUAGCACCCCAGUUUCAACGGGACUUCAUUUCCUUGCUCCCUAAAGAGCUGGCACUUUAUGUGCUUUCAUUCCUGGAACCCAAAGACCUGCUACAGGCUGCUCAGACGUGUCGCUACUGGAGGAUUCUGGCUGAAGACAACCUUCUCUGGAGAGAAAAAUGCAAAGAAGAGGGUAUUGACGAACCACUGCAUAUCAAGAGAAGAAAAGUAAUAAAACCAGGUUUCAUACACAGUCCAUGGAAAAGUGCCUACAUCAGACAGCACAGAAUUGAUACUAACUGGAGGCGAGGAGAACUCAAAUCUCCUAAGGUGCUGAAAGGGCAUGAUGAUCACGUGAUCACAUGCUUACAGUUUUGUGGGAACCGAAUCGUUAGUGGCUCUGAUGACAACACUUUAAAAGUCUGGUCGGCAGUCACAGGCAAAUGUCUGAGGACAUUAGUGGGACACACAGGUGGAGUGUGGUCAUCACAGAUGAGAGACAAUAUCAUCAUUAGUGGAUCGACAGACCGGACUCUCAAAGUGUGGAACGCGGAGACGGGAGAAUGCAUACACACCUUGUAUGGACAUACUUCCACUGUGCGUUGUAUGCACCUCCAUGAAAAGAGAGUUGUUAGUGGUUCUCGCGAUGCCACUCUUAGGGUUUGGGAUAUUGAGACAGGCCAGUGUUUACACGUUUUGAUGGGUCACGUGGCAGCGGUCCGCUGUGUCCAGUACGACGGCAGGAGGGUUGUGAGCGGAGCGUAUGACUUCAUGGUGAAAGUGUGGGACCCCGAGACGGAGACCUGCCUGCACACGUUGCAGGGGCACACCAACAGGGUCUACUCGUUACAGUUUGAUGGCAUCCAUGUGGUGAGUGGAUCUCUUGAUACAUCGAUCCGAGUCUGGGAUGUGGAGACUGGGAAUUGCAUUCACACCUUAACAGGACAUCAGUCAUUAACAAGCGGAAUGGAACUCAAGGACAACAUUCUUGUCUCUGGGAAUGCAGAUUCCACAGUUAAAAUCUGGGAUAUCAAAACAGGACAAUGUUUACAAACAUUGCAAGGUCCCAACAAGCAUCAGAGUGCUGUGACCUGUUUACAGUUCAACAAGAACUUUGUCAUUACCAGCUCAGAUGACGGAACUGUAAAACUGUGGGACUUGAAAACGGGUGAAUUUAUUCGCAACCUAGUCACAUUGGAGAGUGGGGGGAGCGGGGGAGUCGUGUGGCGGAUCAGAGCCUCGAACACAAAGCUGGUGUGUGCAGUCGGUAGUCGCAAUGGGACGGAAGAGACCAAGCUGCUGGUGCUGGACUUUGAUGUGGACAUGAAGUGACGCGCAGGAAGGACGGCAUUGUCCAACGCCUAGGCGACGUACGUACUCCCUGCCCUUCCCCCUGCCAAAAAAAAAAGAAAAAAGAAAAAAAAAAAAAAGCAAAAAGAAAAGGAAAAGAAAAAAAAUCCCUUGUUCUCAGUGGUGCAGGAUGUUGGCUCGGGGCAACAGAGAGAAAAGACCUACAGACAGACUCGGAAAGAAAAGAGGAAGAGACGAGAAACCACAACUGACAAGAGAAGCUGUCAUCUCGUCACGCAGAAGGCUUCACUUUGGACUGAGGGCAGCUUUGCAAAAUGAGACGUUCUCAAUCCACCCCGGUGCAAUUAUUUCUUUAUUUUCUUCUCCAGUGGUCUUUGGGCAGCGUUCACGCCGAGACGUCCUUACAGAUUCUGCUAGCCUGUUCUUCUACCACUGAGACCUGGAAAGAAGCUGCAAUACCAUCCACACAGUACCGGCGGACUUUCUGACUAGAGAGCAUCUGCAACAAAAAGUCAUUUUUCUGGAGUGGAAAAGCUAAAAAAGAAAAAAAAAUUACUGUGAAUUGUUUUUGUACAGUUAUCAUGAAAAGCUUUUUUUUUUUUUUUUUUUUUUUUUUGCCAACCAUUGCCAAUGUCAAUCAAUCACAGUAUUAGCCUCUGUUAAUCUCUUACUGCUUCCACAUACACUCUUCAACGCCUAUGUUGCUCAAAGGUGGCAAGUUGUCCUGGGUUCUGUGAGUCCCACGAUGGAUUUAAUUCUUGAUGCUGGUGCUAGAAGUAGGUCUUCAAAUACGGGAUCGUUGUCCCACCCUGUACUGUACUCCUAGUGGCCAAACUUAUUUAUGCUGCUACAUGAAAGAAAGAAAAAAAAAGCAAAUUAUUUUUUUUUAUUUUUUUUCUGCUGUGACGUUUUAGUCCCAGACUGAAUUCCAAAUUUGCUCUAGUUUGGUUACGGAAAAAAAAAAAAAAAAAGACUUUUUGCCACUGAAACUUGAA